AUGGAGAUAUCUGUGCAGAAGACGCAAUACAUUCUCCUGGGAGGCUCUAGGGCGGAACAAGCCAAGGUUGCUCUCACCAUUGGAGGCGCGUCCCUGAAGCGAUCAGACACAGGCUGGGUACGCAUCCUUGGUAUACCCAUCUCCGAGCGUGGUGGUGCAGCCGAAUGGUUAAAGCAAUUGACGCCCACUUGGAAAAAGAUAGUGCACAUCAUUAAACGAAUUUCAACUAAAUUUGGAGGCGCCACCUCCGAAAUCGCGCGCACCCUCGUGUACGCAGUCCUUGUGUCUCGGGCCACGUACGGAGCUGUGUGCUUCCAACUGACAAAGACCCAAGUCGAAAAACUGGAGACCCUCUACCGAGCCGCCCUUCGGGUGAUCACCGGCUUGCCUCGCCACACCCGAGUGGAAGAACUAUACCGCUACGGAAGACUUCCACCCCUACGGUUCAUUAUACAAGAUUGCCGCGAGGGAACCCAGGACCGCCGUCUCCUCACUCUUCAGGGGCAGCGCCUCCUUCUCUCAGACGACCCCACCAUGGCUGCCAUUUUAGACGAGGUUCCACCGCACGUGCCGCCGUGGAUGGACUUCCCCGUCACGAACGGCAGACCACUCAGCCGGAAGACCAACGCCCAACGCUAUGGGCCGCAGCGCGCCACUGUAGCCCGCGCACUCAACGAGCCCUCAACGGACCCCACAGAGAUGCGGCUUUUUACGGACGCAUCCUGGAAUCCGAACACUCAGAUCGCUGCCGUUGUGGCGAGAACCGAAGACGGCUAUCAUCGCCUACAAAAUUACCACCUAAACGAGACACCCUCCACCACCGAAAUGGAGCUCCGGGCGCUUCAAGUCGGUGUAAAUUGGAUUCUCACAGACCACCGAAUUGUGAACGAGCAAACCAAGACGGUCACGAUCUGCACUGACAGUUCCACAGCUAUCCACGCCUUAAUCGGUCCUCCCAGAGUCGGAACCACGGAGUACGCCAUAAAAAGCGGCUGCAACAUAAUAAAAGCACAAAAAGACGUCGCAGUGAAAAUCCAGUGGGUGCCUGGGCACUCCGGUCAAGCGGACAACGAGGCCGCGCACGACCUGGCGAGCGAGGCUUGCACUUCUCGCCGCUCGCAGGGAGUGCCGAUCUACCGUCCAUCGCUUGACCACAGCCCGGAGGAAGAUGACGACGACGGAAGCAAAUUCGGAAAAACCGGUUGA